GUGUCCACACAGUGGCUGGGCGUGGCCGACCGACGUAGACUACAUCUCCCAUGAGCCAGCGCGCACCAUAACAGCCCUCCCCCGCUGAGCGCGCCGGAGCAUUGUGGGAUUGGAUGAGUCUCAAGAUGGACAACCGGGAUGUUGCAGGAAAGGCCAACCGGUGGUUUGGGGUUGCGCCCCCUAAGUCUGGAAAGAUGAGCAUGAACGUCCUUUACCAGGAAGAGCUCAUUGCUCAGAAGAAGCGAGAAAUUGAAGCCAAAAUGGAGAAGAAAGCUAAACAGGAUCAUAUGGCCAGCCCUCCACCUCCCCAUCCUGGAGAAAUCACAAAUGCACACAAUUCUUCCUGCAUUUCCAACAAGUUUGCCAACGACGGCAGCUUCUUGCAGCAGUUCCUAAAGUUGCAGAAGGCGCAGACAAGCUCCGACCAGUCCCCCAGCGUGCCCCCCAGUGCACCCCCGACCAGCACAGCACGGAGGCCCCUGCUGCUUAGCAGGCGGCCCGGCCUGGGGCUGACUGCACCAGGCCCCGCCAGGAACUACUCACACGCCAAGCAGUUGCCUGUAGCUCAGCGCCCUAGCGUCUUCCAGUCCCCGGACGAUGAUGAUGAUGAGGAUGAGGAUAAUGAGCAGUGGCUGGAGAUCAAAGUUUCACCCCCAGAGGGAGCUGAGACUCGGAAAGUGAUAGAGAAAUUGGCCCGCUUUGUGGCAGAAGGAGGCCCCGAGUUAGAGAAAGUAGCGAUGGAGGACUACAAAGAGAACCCUGCAUUUGCGUUUUUGCAUGAUAAGAAUAGCAGGGAGUUCCUGUACUACCGAAAGAAGGUGUCCGAGAUUAGAAAGGAGGCCCAAAAGGCACAGGCCGCCUCGCAGAGAGUUUCACCCCCAGAGGACGAAGAGGCCAAGAAACUUACAGAAAAGUUGGCCAGGUUCAUAGCAGAUGGGGGUCCUGAGGUGGAGACCAUCGCGCUCCAGAACAACCGGGACAACCAGGCCUUCAGCUUCCUUUACGAACCCAACAGCCAGGCGCACAAAUACUACCGGCAAAAGCUGGAGGAGUUCCGAAAAGCCAAGGCGGGCUCCGCAGACACCCCCAGCCUCAAGCGCAAGUCCCCACCCAAGGGCCCCUCAGGGCUUUUGCCACUGACCUCCACCUGCCCUGCUUCAUCUGCCUCCACGCCUGCCAUCAUCCCCACACCUGCACUCCCCGGGAAGCUGGCCUCCACGGCCACUGUGAAGAGGAAGCGGAAGAGCCGGUGGGGACCUGCAGAGGACAAGGUAGAGCUGCCACCUGCAGAGCUGGUGCAGAGGGAUGUGGACGCCUCCCCGUCGCCCCUGUCAGUUCAGGACCUCAAGGGGCUUGGCUAUGAGAAGGGGAAGCCCGUGGGGCUGGUGGGCGUGACUGAGCUGUCAGAUGCCCAGAAGAAGCAGCUGAAGGAGCAGCAGGAGAUGCAGCAGAUGUACGACAUGAUCAUGCAGCACAAGCGGGCCAUGCAGGACAUGCAGCUGCUGUGGGAGCGUGCGCUGCAGCAGCACCAGCACAGCUAUGACAGUGACGAGGAGGUGGACAGCGAGCUGGGCACCUGGGAGCACCAACUGCGGCGCAUGGAGAUGGACAAGACCCGCGAGUGGGCUGAACAGCUGACCAAGAUGGGCCGGGGCAAGCACUUCAUCGGCGACUUCCUGCCCCCCGACGAGCUGGAGAAAUUCAUGGAGACCUUCAAGGCCCUGAAGGAGGGCCGCGAGCCUGACUACUCUGAGUACAAGGAGUUCAAGCUGACAGUGGAGAACAUCGGCUACCAGAUGCUGAUGAAGAUGGGCUGGAAGGAGGGCGAGGGGCUGGGCACCGAGGGCCAGGGCAUCAAGAACCCCGUGAACAAGGGGACCACUGCCGUGGAUGGCGCAGGCUUUGGCAUCGACCGGCCAGCUGAGCUGUCCAAAGAGGACGAUGAGUAUGAGGCGUUCCGCAAGCGCAUGAUGCUGGCCUACCGCUUCCGGCCCAACCCGCUGAAUAACCCCAGGAGGCCAUACUACUGAGCGUCAACUACCCCGUGGGUGGAGUCCCCGUGCGCAGGGCUGUCCUCAUGUCACCACCACAUCAUUCUAAGCAUUAAAGUCCCAGUGCUCACUG